UCCUCCCAUAAAGAGUCUGGAGGAUGAACAGUCUCUGCUGCUUUCACAGGUUUAUCCAAACCAAAUUAAAGGCAGAGGGCUUUGCAAAGAGAAUGAUGGAGAAUCCACCAGGAUACAAGGUCUUGGAGAUGCUUCCAUUUCUUUAAAGACUGAAGACACUGAGGAGAAUGAAGAAGACAGUGAUAUAGACCACCCUCUCAUUGAGCUAAAACACUUGUCAGACUCUGGGUAUAAGAAAUGUUCUACAGAGAAAAAAGAUGAGGAGUCAUCUAGGAAAGGCUGCAGAGGUGUGAAGCUCAGCUGCAAAGACUGUGGCAAGACAUUUAUUGGAAAAUGCGCUUUCAACACACACAUGAGAAUCCAUACAGAACAGAAGCCUUUCUGUUGUGAUCUAUGUGGGAAAAGAUUUAGCCAGCAAUCAAAUUUAAAGUCACACAUGAGAUUCCAUACAGGACAUAAGCCUUUCUGUUGUGAUCUAUGUGGAAAAAGGUUUUGCAAUAAAUCACACUUAAAAGGACACAUGAGAACCCAUACAGGAGAGAAGCCUUUCUGUUGUAAUCUAUGCAUAAAAAGCUUUAGUUCCAAAUUUAAUUUAAGCAGCCACAUGAGAAACCAUACAGGAGAGAAGCCUUUCUGUUGUGCUCUUUGUGGAAAUUUUUUUAUCAAUAAAUACUCUCUAAACAAACAUAUGAGAAUCCAUACAGGACAGCAGCCUUUCUGUUGUGAUCUAUGUGGAAAAAGAUUGAACAACAAAUCCUCUCUAAACAAACAUAUGAGAACCCAUACAGGACAGAAGCCUUUCUGUUGUGAUCUAUGUGGGAAAAGCUUUAGCCAAAAAUCCAGUUUAAGCAGACACAUGAGAAUCCAUACAGGACAGAAGCCUUUCUGUUGUGAUCUAUGUGGGAAAGGAUUUAGCGAGAAAUCCUCUCUAAACAAACAUAUGAGAAUCCAUACAGGAGAGAAGCCUUUCUGUUGUGAUCUUUGUGGGAAAAGCUUUCGCAUUAAAUCCAAUUUAAGCAAACACAUGAGAAUCCAUACAGGACAGAAGCCUUUCUGUUGUGAUCUAUGUGGGAAAAGCUUUAGCCAAAAAUACAAUUUAAACAAACACAUGAGAAUCCAUACAGGACAGAUGCCUGUUGAUUUCUGAUGAUUAAAACGUAGAUAAAUAAAAAUGUAAACGAUUAGUUUGAAUGAAAUGUAGGAAAAGUUAAACAAAAUAAAACAGGAAAAGGGCAACUAAGAGCAAGUGUUAAUGAUUUUAUAAACAAUUGGACUACAAAUUUAAACAUAAUGUUUCAGUUAAAAGCUUUAUUAGAAACAAUCAAAGUCAAUCCUAAACAAAUAGGUUUAUAAUCUUGAUUUAAAAGAACUCACCAUUUCAAGCACUUUUUACAGAUUACGUUUGAAACGGAUGUCUUUAGUGGUCAGGAGGGUUGAUAAGGCUUUAUUGAUCUCACAGUGGAGAAAUUCACUUGUCACUGAUAUGCUGAUAACAAGUCUUUGAUGUAUUUAUGUGCUGAGCCAUUUGGGGAUUUUAUGCUCUCUACUUUCUUAGUCUUAGUGAGGACGUGGGCAGCAGCAUUCUGGAUCAGCUGCAGCUGUCUGAUCGACUUUUUUGGUGGACUGAAAACAUCGCUUAGUUAUCAAUUUGACUAAAAUUGAAUGCAUGGACUCGCUUUUCCAAAACCUGCUGAGUCAUCAGUCCUUUAAUCCUGGAAAUGUUCUUCAAAUGAUGGAAGACAGACUUUGUAAUUGUUUAGAUGGAGGUCCUGAGUCCAUUAGUGCUACGGCCCUCAAACUGGGGUCCGUGAAACUAUGCUUUUGAGCCUCAGGAGGCACUGCUGAGGAUGCUUCGUGGUUGAGCUAAGUUUCACAAUGGACAAAUAUUUAGCUCCAUUCACCUCAUCAAGUAAGGUAAAAGUCAAUUCAGCUAAAAUUAGGAAGUAAAACUUUGUGAAAUCC